GUUUUGUGGUUGUGUUAUCGGUUAGUUCUUUGUACAUAGAAAAAAAUAAUGGAGGCGGCUGAUGAUGUUGAGUUCGCUGAGAAAGAUCCGUCGGGUCGGUACGUUCGGUUACAAGGGGUUUGAUGAAGCUGAUGGAAUAGAGGUUGCAUGGAACCAAGUCAAUAUUGAAGAAGUAUUGCAGACACCUGAACAGCUGGAAAGAUUAUAUUCAGAGGUUCACCUUUUGAAGUCAUUGAAACAUGAAAAUAUUAUGAAGUUCUACAACUCCUGGGUGGAUGAUAAGAACAAGACGAUCAACAUGAUAACAGAAUUGUUUACUUCGGGGAGUUUGAGGCAAUAUCGUAAGAAGCAUAAGAAUGUUGAUUUGAAGGCCAUCAAGAACUGGGCACGGCAGAUCCUUAGAGGUUUACACUAUCUUCAUAGUCACAAUCCUCCGAUCAUUCAUAGAGAUUUAAAAUGUGAUAAUAUAUUUGUAAAUGGAAAUAAUGGAGAAGUCAAGAUCGGAGAUCUUGGGUUGGCAACCGUCAUGCAGCAACCUGCAGCCCGAAGUGUAAUUGGCACUCCUGAGUUCAUGGCUCCAGAGCUUUAUGAUGAAGAAUAUAACGAACUUGUUGACAUAUAUUCUUUUGGCCUGUGCAUGUUGGAGAUGGUUACUUGUGAAUAUCCUUAUAAUGAAUGCAAAAAUCCAGCACAAAUAUUUAAGAAAGUUACCUCUGGUAUUAAACCUGCUUCCCUUGGUAAAGUGAAUGAUCCCCAAAUUAAGCAGUUUAUUGAGAAAUGUCUUCUUCCAGCAUCUAUGAGAUUGCCAGCUGUGGAGAUCUUGAAAGAUCCUUUCCUUUUGGUUGAAACUCCCAAAGAAGUUCCCAGUGGUCCACUGAAGUUACCAAAUCUUAUGCCCAACUUAAUAAACUUGGUCGAGUCUGAACCUCAUCCAAUGGACACAGAUCCUAACUUUAAAAAGCUUCUGGUCAAUUCUUCUACAAAAAGCAUCAAAGAAACUCCUCGGUCCAUAACUCUUGAGCUACGGUGUUUCACAGAGAAUAAUGAAUUCAGGUUAAAAGGGGAGAAAAAUGAUGAUAAUACAAUCUUAUUGACCUUGCGCAUUGCUGAUCAAUGUGGUCGGGCAAGGAAUAUCCAUUUUGCAUUUUAUCUAGAUUCUGAUACUGCUAUUUCAAUCGCUGAGGAGAUGGUUGAACAACUUGAUUUGUCAAAUGAAGAUGUAACUGUCAUUGCAGAGUUGAUUGAUAGCAUGAUCAUGAAGCUUGUAUCAUGCUGGAAACCUUCAUCUGGAAGCAUUUCACUCCCACAAGAUGGCUUAUGCCACCCAAGUCAAGCCAUUAUUAAGACAGUUGGUGAGCAAGAAGUUUUCUCAGAGUGGGCUGUUGCAAAUUGUCAAGACACCCAAAAAUCUGUCAGUUCAGAAAUAUUAGCUGAAUCUGAUGGAAUGGUAGGCUCAGAUGGGAGCGAUAACAAACCAACGGGGUCUUCUGGUUAUGGUAAUGGUGAGUGCUAUAAAGGUUCAAGCACAUAUGGGUUUGGUUUAGAUACCGAGGCUUAUAAUCAUCUCGGGCAUAAAGAGGCCGGUGAUGAGGAAAACCUUGGGGUAUCUGUUGUGAUAAACGACUCCGUAAAGUACUCUGACACAUCCUUAAUGGAUUCUUGUUCUUUUGCAUCUCAAGAUAUGAGCUUGUCAAGCAUCUGCUCUCUAUCCUUAGCAGACCAGGAUAAGUUUGACGAGCUGAAGUUGGAGCUUGAUGCGAUUGAUUCACAAUUUCACCAGUAUUUCCAAGAGCUCAUGAGGUUGAGAGAAGAAGCAAUGGAAAACGCCCAAAAGAGGUGGAUAACAAAGAAGAAAGUAUCUGUUAUGUGAUGUGCAAAUAUUUUCCUUGCUAGCGAUUCUUGUGAUAGUUGCUUUUUUUUUUAGCUGACUGUUGCAUUGGAAGAAAUCAUUUGUUGACAGAUUUCAUUUAUUUGGUUUAUUGUUUGAUUUUAGUCCAUUGAUUCAUCGUUGAUACCUUGAUUUGUGAUUCUAAGAGCAUACUUGAUGUAUAGGAUAAUAGAUUGAGA